GGAGCAGAGCAGGAGCAGCAAGGCUGGAGCAGGGGAACACGGGCACGUUCCCUGUCCUGCAGGAAUUGCUGUGGCUGCUCUGUAUCUUUAAGGGGCUGACCCUAUCCCACGGGGAGCCGCUAUAAAGGCGGGUGGGCAGCAGUGCCCUGCUCAGGGAGUGGAGCCAAGCAGGGGCAGCUCCCAAAAUGACCGGCCACCACGCUUGGGGAUAUGGGCAGGCUGACGGCCCUUCCGAGUGGCACAAAGCUUACCCCAUUGCCCAGGGGGACCGGCAGUCCCCCAUUGACAUCGACUCUGCACGGGCAGUCUAUGACCCCAACCUGCAGCCUCUCAUUGUCUCCUACGAGUCCUGCACCUCCCUCAGCAUCUCCAACACCGGCCACUCUGUCAUGGUGGAGUUUGAGGACACCGAUGACAGGACAGCAAUUAGUGGAGGGCCCUUUCAGAAUCCAUUCCGGCUAAAGCAGUUCCACUUCCACUGGGGGACCACACACAGCCAGGGAUCAGAGCACACCAUUGAUGGAAAGCCUUUUCCCUGUGAGCUCCACUUAGUACAUUGGAAUGCCAGAAAGUAUGCAACAUUUGGAGAGGCAGCAGCAGCUCCAGAUGGCUUGGCAGUAGUUGGUGUUUUCUUGGAGAUUGGAAAAGAACAUGCCAGUAUGAACAGACUCACUGACACUUUGUACAUGGUAAAAUUUAAAGGAACAAAAGCCCAGUUUAGAGGCUUCAACCCUAAAUGUCUCCUGCCCUUGAGUCUAGAUUACUGGACAUACCUUGGUUCUCUGACAACCCCACCCCUUAAUGAGAGUGUGACAUGGAUAGUGCUGAAAGAACCCAUCAGAAUCUCUGUGAAACAGCUGGAGAAAUUCCACAUGCUGCUCUUCACUGGUGAGGAAGACCAGAGGAUCCAAAUGGCCAAUAACUUUCGCCCCACUCAGCCUCUGAAGGGAAGAAUUGUUAGAGCUUCCUUCAAGGCCUGAAGAAAAUUGAUAAUGGACCUGAGAUAUCCAAGAGCUUCCACAUGUGAGAUACUCUGAACAGAAACUCUAGUCUACAAACCACUCAUGGAACUCAAGAGACAGGCAUUUCCAUGAACCCUCUGGUUGGAGGGGGAAAAUCUUCUGGCUUCCUAUUUUAUUUGAAGUGCACAUUCUUUGGAGAAAUGGCAUCUUAUUAACCAGCACUAUUUAAUAUAAGGGAUAGCUGAGUGAACUAGGUUGUUAUCCAAGACCUGAAAUUCUGUAAAAUUAAAAUGACAUUAAAAUCCAACUUGAUAUAAAAUAGAAAGUUGUGUAGUGAUCUACUAGUGCUGAUGGCCACAACUUCUACUUGUCUCAUUUAAUACAUGAGGAAACAGUAAUCAAGAAUUUUGGACACAUUGGACUUAAAUUUUCCUUACUGAUCUGUUGUUACCAUUUGCUGAACUCUAAUUUAAAGACUGCUUUCACUGUAUUCUUGCUGCCUGAUGACACAGAGUGUAUGAGUAGCACUAGAAAAA